CUAUACUCAAAAAGAAAAAGAUUUGGAUACUUCCCGAUCUCUUGCUUUAUUAACAACACUCUCUUUACAUUGUUUUUUUUAGAAAACACUCUCGUUUUUCGUUUUCCUUUCUCUCUACAGAAAAAGACUUUUUGUCGUAGCAUUUAACAUUUACUUUUCGCAAUCAUGACCUUCCAAGUUAACCCCGUUCCUACUCAUCUUGAAAACAAGCACGUUUUUGAAUUGUUCAGUUUGAAGGGAAAGAACGCCGUUGUUUUUGGUGGUAGCAAGGGAAUUGGCUUGAGCGUUUGUUCAGCCUUUGCUCAAGCUGGUGCCAAUAUCGUUAUGACUUAUCAUAGCACUCCUUGCAAAGACACAGCAGUCAAGUUGGCCAAGGAGAAUGGCGUUCGUGUCGAUGCCGUCGCUUGUAACGUCGGUGAUGAACAAUCGGUAGCCAAUGCUUUUGAAGAAAUCAAGCGUCUUCACGAAAAAAUCGAUGUUGUCGUUGCUAACGCUGGUAUUGCUUUCCGUAGUGCUGCUGAAGAGUGCACCACCGAACAGUGGGAACAUGUUAUGAAUGUGAAUGUAACUUCCAUUCACCGUAUCGCCUCUAGAGCCGGUCAAAUCUUCAAGCAACAAGGAUUUGGUAACUUUAUCGCUACUUCUUCCAUGUCGGGUACCAUUGUCAAUACUCCUCAAAAGGUCUCUGCUUAUUGUACUUCCAAGGCUGCUGUUAAGCACUAUUGCAAGGCAUUGGCCACUGAAUGGGCCGGCUUUGCUCGUGUUAAUACUGUGUCUCCCGGUUAUAUCGCUACUGAUAUGCCUGGUUACCAAUUCAGAAAGGAUUGGGAACCCUAUGUCCCUAUGCAACGUAUUGGUUUGAGUACUGAACUUCGUGGUUCCUACUUGUUCCUUGCUAGUGAUGCUUCUACCUUUGUUACUGGUUUGGAUUUGAUUAUUGAUGGUGGUUAUACUAUCAUUUAAAGCGGCUAUCGCCUCGAUUGUCUCCUGCUUUUCAUGUCAUUACGAAUCCUUCAUGAUCAACUAUUUAUUAGUUUUCUGAAAGUAUCGAUGAUUAUGAAUUUGUUGCUGAUUGCUUUUUGUCGAACAAUCUUUUGGUUUUUCUACUUUUUGAUUUUGAAGAUUGGACGUCAAAACUUUCGUGACGCCUGAUGAAUAGAACACUUAGAAAUAAUGAUCGUAUUAAUGAAUAGACACGAUUUUCUGAAA